AUGUGCUGGUUGUUAAUCGUGCUCGUUGUUACUGUCAAUACUGCUGCAAGUCAGAGUUCAAAUUGUCCAAAUCGACAAUUGAUAGAACAAUCUCUCGAGAAAGUUCACAUUCCAGGCGCCGCAAUCGUUGUAGUCAAUGCUACUCAUAUACUUUACGAGCAAGCAUUUGGCUAUCAGUCUUUAGCACCAGCACAACCUAUGAAUAUUGACAAAUCUAUUUUUCCUAUUGCUUCUAUCUCGAAAACAUUCAUUGCUGCUGCUGCUGUCAUGCAACUUGUCGAUCUUGAUACAGAUAUCAAUCAAUACUUGUCGGAACUUGACAAAAACAUCUUCCAUCCACGCUAUCCUUCUCAUUCAAUCACUCUACGUAAAUUACUGUCACACUCAGCUUUGAUUGCUGUCAGUUCUCAAGUACAAGAUACCUAUUAUCGACCAGGUGAUACAGCAUUCGUAGAAUCGUUAGCUGAUAUGGUUUUCACGUAUGUAAAUCCAAAUACAUCAUACUGGUUGCCAAAACCAUCAGGUAGUGCAACAUGGUAUUCAAAUGAAGGUGCUGCUCUCGCUACAUUGGUUGUCGAACGAAUAGCGAGAAUAUCCUAUAUUGAUUAUAUCAAAGAAAACAUUUUCAGACCUUUGGGUGUCAAUAUCAGCAAUAUCGGUGUGCACCUUGCUGACUUUGCCAGUACAGAAGAUUUUGUGAAACAUUAUGCCUAUGCGUUCAUACAUCCUAUCUCGAAGGAUGAAACCAAGAAAUACCACAGUUGA